CCCACCCCUCCCCUCCCCCACCCCGCCGCCCGGAUCGUAAAGCAGACUCGAGACUUUGGGGGUGACGGUUAACGGUUGCCGGCGUUGCCAUGGCUGCGGGGGCGGCGCUUGCCGGCCGUUCGCGCCGGCACAAGUGGGCCAUCGAGCUCAACCUGAGCGGCAGCAGCAGGAGCCGUGAUCGACAGUGUGGCCAAGGCGACUCCUUGUACCCUGUCGGAUAUUCGGAAAAGCAACUACCAGACACCAGCGUCCAAGAAACAGACCGGAUUCUGGUCGAGAAACGCUGCUGGGACAUCGCCUUGGGCCCACUGAAGCAGGUGCCCAUGAAUCUCUUCAUCAUGUACAUGGCCGGCAACACCAUCUCCAUCUUCCCUAUCAUGAUGGUGUGCAUGAUGGCCUGGAGACCCAUACAGGCACUGAUGUCCAUGUCAACAACCUUCAAGUUGCUGCAGAGUUCGAGCCAGCAGUGGCUGCAGGGCCUGGUCUACUUGAUUGGCAACCUCGUGGGGUUGGCCCUGGCUGUCUACAAGUGCCAGUCGAUGGGGCUCCUGCCCACGCACGCUUCCGACUGGCUGGCAUUCAUCGAGCCUCCCCAGAGAGUGGAGUACACGGGCGGCGGGUUGAUCCUAUGACGGAUGUCCCCGCUCUCCUCCCCCCGCCCCGCCCCGCCCCCCGUCGCUCGCCGAGGCACAGCUGAGGACGAUAAUCGACGCCGGACGUGACCUGCUGCCACCUCGUUGACCUGGGACCGGGCUUCCGUCUGGUUAACCUGCUCUCCCGUCACCACCCCGUGCACAGACAGACAGAGAGAGAGAGAGAGAAAGCCACCCUGGCCUGCGUACCCGCGACUGAUGCCGGAAGGGCUGAAGAUGGCGGGAGGACUGUUGUGUUCUUUAACCGUGUUUGUUCAUUCGUUCGUCCUUCGGCCCCCCCCCCCACCCACCCACUCACUCACUCACUCACUCACUCACUCACUACCAUUUGCUGAGCCUCGAAGUGGGGAACUGUUGGGGGCAGAUGUGGGGGGGGGUCUCCCCGAAUCAAUCGUUUCCAGCUGAUCCCAGCGUCUCCCUCUCUCUUUUGCUCUCUCCCUCUCUCUCUCUCUCUUUGGGGGUGGGGGGAGGGGAGAGUUCUCCCGGUGUCCCUCAAAACACCGCUGAAUUUAGGUGAUGGCGUGUUGCGUAAUGCCCUGUGGGAUCUUGCUGUGCGAGUGACGGCUGGUCUCUUUUCUCCUCCUGCCCCCCCCACCCCCACCUCCACCUCCACCUCCAAGCAGCACGACAGGGGAGGGGGCUGCCCCGCAGGAGUAACUCAUCGAAAGGAAGAACUGCGGUGCCUCUUUAGGCCGCCCCACGGCGCCUUGAACCGAGGCGGUAGCUUCCCGCUUCUGACGCACCGCCACCGCCGCUGCUGCUCCUCCUCCUCCAGACAGAGCAGAGAGUUAGGGCGGUUGUUGGGAGGGCUGGAAUUUGGUUUCACAUCCCUAAGCACUGACUGCCGGAGGUUGUGUGUUCUUCCAGCUGCCCUUUACCAGGUUUUGUGAGAGAUUCGCUCCAAAGUCAGCCUGUGCUUUAUUCCUGGCUGGUACUUAGCUCGGCCACUGAGCUCCUCCCGUUGGCCUCCUCUGGCGCCUGAAGUGGCUGCGGCAUCUCCAGGGGCUUAUGGGUUUAUGUCAGCUCUUGGCCACCUGCUCUCACUUUAUUGAAUGAUUAUGGUUGAAUUGUUCCUCUUGUGGGGGGUGGGGUAGCUGUAGGUACCUAAUGGUCAGGGACACACACCCGCCCUCCACCCCACCCACCCUUCCCCUCCCCUCCAUCCCGACUCUGCACCCAACGCAGGAGCGGACCGAGGGGGCUGAACGCGAAUCGAUAGCCUCGGGGUGAACGCAGACGUGUUCAGUAAAGCUCUCGGCGUGAGUUUGAUUCUGUUGCAAAGAACGUGCAAUUGAUAGUGAUGCUGUAGCUGUGGAAAUAAAAGAGUUUCAGCAAAAAUGGCAGCAGGCAGAA